UGCUGGGGAUGCGCGCACACGUGAGCAGUGAGAGUUCUUCUCAUUGCUGGAGUAAAAUCUGAGUAAAAUAGAUUCAAUUCUCACCUGCGAGGGUCUCCCUGUUAGGGGUGCCAGCAGAUGUCCAAAUAAACUGCCGUGUGCUGUCAUCCAAUCCGUUCUGUAUCUGUUCUGCUGUGGAUCAGCUGUACGCUAAAUCAUCAUCCUGCAGUGCCUGAGGCUUUGUCACUCCACCCCACCCCCUGUCGUCAUGGCGCCCAAGGACAUCAUGACCAAUUCGCACGCCAAGUCCAUUUUGAAUGCCAUGAACGCCCUAAGAAAGAGCAACACGCUGUGUGACAUCACUCUGAGGGUGGAGGGCACAGAUUUCCCGGCCCACCGCAUUGUGUUGGCUGCUUGCAGUGAUUAUUUCUGUGCCAUGUUCACCAGUGAGCUUGCUGAAAAAGGGAAGUCCUUUGUGGACAUUCAGGGCCUCACAGCGUCCACCAUGGAGAUCCUGCUGGAUUUUGUUUACACAGAGACGGUGCUGGUUACUGUAGAAAAUGUUCAAGAGCUGCUGCCCGCCGCCUGUCUCCUGCAGCUUAAAGGUGUGAAAAGGGCUUGCUGUGAUUUUCUUAAUAGUCAGUUGGAUCCAUCAAACUGCCUGGGAAUCAGAGACUUUGCAGAAACACACAACUGUCUGGACUUGAUGCAGGCUGCUGAACUGUUCUCACAAAAGCAUUUUGCUGAGGUGGUGCAACAGGAAGAGUUUAUGCUGCUCAGUCAGAGUGAAGUGGAAAAACUCAUCAAGUGUGAUGAGAUCCAGGUUGACUCAGAAGAGCCUGUAUUCGAGGCAGUUCUGAACUGGGUGAAGCACAACAGAAAAGAAAGAGAGCCGUACCUGUCUGAUCUACUGGAGUAUGUGCGCAUGCCGCUGCUAACGCCACGAUACAUCACUGAUGUCAUUGACAUAGAGCCAUUGAUACGCUGCAGUCUGCCAUGUCGAGAUUUGGUGGACGAAGCAAAGAAGUUUCACCUCCGGCCAGAGUUACGCAGCGAGAUGCAGAGUCCUCGAACCCAAGCGAGACUCGGUGCCAAAGAGGUUCUGUUGGUAAUCGGUGGAUUUGGCAGCCAGCAAUCACCCAUAGACGUUGUUGAGAAGUAUGAUCCCAAGACCCGAGAGUGGAGCUUUCUUCCUAACAUUGCAAGGAAGCGACGCUAUGUUGCUACUGUCGCCCUGAAUGAUCGUGUUUACGUUAUCGGUGGGUAUGACGGCCGAUCGCGGUUAAGUUCGGUUGAGUGUUUGGACUACACAGCAGAUGAAGAUGGAGUCUGGUACUCUGUCGCCACAAUGAAUGUACGCAGAGGUCUUGCAGGAGCUACAACCCUCGGAGAUAUGAUCUAUGUUGCGGGUGGAUUCGAUGGUAGUCGACGUCACACCAGCAUGGAGCGUUAUGACCCCAAUAUUGACCAGUGGAGCAUGUUGGGAGAUAUGCAGACUGCCAGAGAAGGAGCUGGACUUGUUGUAGCCAGCGGCCUCAUUUACUGUUUAGGUGGUUAUGAUGGUCUGAACAUCCUGAAUUCUGUAGAGCGGUAUGACCCUCACACGGGACACUGGACCAGCGUCACUCCCAUGGCCAACAAACGCUCAGGGGCUGGUGUUGCUUUGCUGAACGAUCACAUUUAUGUUGUCGGAGGGUUUGAUGGCACUGCCCACCUGUCUUCCGUAGAAGUGUACAACAUCCGGACAGACUAUUGGACCACUGUGGCCAAUAUGAGCACGCCACGCUGCUACGUAGGAGCCACAGUCCUGAGGGGCCGUCUCUAUGCCAUUGCAGGAUAUGAUGGGAACUCGCUUCUCAGCAGCAUUGAAUGUUAUGACCCUGUGAUUGACAGCUGGGAAGUGGUGACUUCAAUGGCAACACAACGCUGUGAUGCAGGAGUUUGUGUUCUUAGAGAAAAAUGAGAAGAGAAACUAUUCCGCCAUAGAGGCGCUUUAUAAUGACUUCUGGAUGCUGGAAUCUGUGCUCCACCGCUCAGUGAAGCAUCAGAUGACAUUACCAGCCUUUUUAUGACACUUUCCUCUUUUUGGGUUUACGUUUUUUUUUGCCAUCUGAGAUCUCAGUCCUUGUUUUCUUUUAAUGAGGGAGAAAAACACUAACUUUAUGAUGCAGUGAACAUGUGUGUUUCACAUUUUUGUUCUCUUCAUGCAGAACUCUGUGAUCUUUGAUUACUUGUGAGAUUCACUCAGUUGAGUCCUUUUAAAGUGCAAUAUAAAAAUCUACUGGUGUCAAAAUGUCUCAGAGAAGAGACAAGUAUGUGUAUGCCUUACUGCCCAAGUGACUGAAUCCUUCCUGAAGGAGAGAAUAUUGUCAUCAGGAUGCGACAGCAGAGGUGCUUUGCGUAAUCUGUUUUGAUCCUGUCUGUAACGUCCGUUAUGACAUCGUCAUCAUUAUCUCUGGUUGCUGGGGCUUUUCUAAUCGACUCGACCCUUUAUCAAUGUGCCUGAUGCACCAGGGAUUUUUCUGUCAUGUACAGAACCAUCAGCGAGAUAUCAUAAAGCCAGUGUGCUGGUGUUUUGAGUGUGAAUCUGAAUGCAUGAGUGAAUUUAGCUGUGCUCUCUCUCAGUGAAAAGUGUCUUGUUAAAUUCUGAAAACUGACCUAUUAAUAUGAAUGAAGGAUGACGUGCAUGGUGGAUGUUCAGCAGUAUAUCAUUGAUGUGGUAUGCUGUUUUAAUAGUGUGAUUCCAUGAUAAAGACAAUAAAGGAAAAGUCUGUUUAUCAUGUAACAAAACUUAAGCCCGUACGACCGUUUCACAUCGUCAGCUUAUCUGCAAGAUCAUUUUAAAAUAGAAGAAGCUAGAAAUCAAUCUCAAGUUCCACUGACUGGUCCAUGCUUGCUGAAUUUUGCCUAGGUAGCUGCACUCCCUCUGUCAAAAUGACAAAAAUAUUUGAAUUAUUGUCUGGUGAAUUGGCUAUUAUUUCAUGAAACAUUUAUAGACCCAUUGAAAUUGUUAGAUUUGCAGUUUUCUUUAUUGUGCUGACGCACUUCCUACUGAAACACGAAGUUGAGACGAAAUGUAUUAAAUGCUGCCUUCAAGUACACCUGGGAAACUCAAACCUCGUAUGUUGGUUAUGAAGUCAUGCGUUCAAGUCGGAACAACACGGAAGUAGCCAUGAAAGAAUUAUGCUGAACAAUAAACCCAAACAACUACAUCUGAAUUAAAAAUUUUAGAUUUUAUCACAUAUUUACACAUG